AUGGCUGCCCUUGUCACGCUCUCUGCUGCUGCUGUCCUCCUCGGACUCCUCCUGCCUUCCGCCAUGGCCAACAACAACGUUCUCUAUCGCGGCGACAAGCUGUUCCCCGGCGAAUCCCUCACCGAAGGGACCUAUGAAUUCAUCAUGCAGGACCACUGCAUGCUCGUCCUCAAAGACAACGGCAAUGAAGUGUGGUCCUUCCAAGGCAACGGCCGAGGCUGCUACGCCUUCUUCGAUACCGACGGCUACUUCCGCAUCGUAGAUGAGAUUGGCCAAAAUUCCAAUUUCAACAGCUUCCCCGGCUCCAUCCUCGUCCUGCAGCGCGACGGCCACGUCGUCAUCUACAGCAGGCCUGUAUGGAUUAUCCCUGAGGGUGAACCCACGAACAGGAAGAUCGCCAUGGUGACUAAAAAUUAG